UGAAGGAUUUCACGAUCCGUUCCACGAAAAAUGCAGUGAUGUCUCAUCUUCUUUUAAAGGCGAUUAGGUAGUGAAAAAGUAUUAGGAAAGCUCCAUUGAAACUGUUCAGGGUAUAUUGAAAAUAAGUGUUGAAGCGCAUACCCGAAAACCAGUGCAAAUGCAAAGCGUUGCUCGAAACAUAACUCGACGCUUUGCAUCAAAUGUCUGGAGGAAUCCCGGGAAACCAUUUUAUUUCGGAAAGUGUUUUAUUCAGUACUUGAGAACAUGCCUGUCACAGUUGAGAACUAUAUCCAUGGGGAAUUCUUUAAGUACGUAAACAACGAUGAAGAGUGCUUAGUUCCUCCCAAUGAAAAGUCACACGAGUUUUUCUUAAAAGCACAGUGUCUUACUCAUUUCAGUAUGAAAAUAGCAACGAAGAACUUAUGCUUUUGCAUCUUCAAGGUUCCAAAUAUUCACUCUACGAUCCACAAAUAUCUACAACUAAGCCUUAUGAUGCUUUAACGUCUAUAAGCAAAUCAAUUAUUCUUAACAAAGAAACUUAUUUUUGUGCAGGAAAUUUAUCAUUUUAUGUGAGCAAUGAAGUCAAACGGCAACAUAAUUGUGCAAGUUUUGCGAAAGGAUGGGACUUAGCAACCUGCCUAGAUGUUAUGGUUUCUCUUUUUUUAUGACACAAGUAGCUACAUACCAACAGAAGCUAAAGUCCUGAAUCUAUAAUGAAGAAAAAUUUAAAAAUGCUGAUUUUUAUUGUUCUGGUUUCAAGUAUAUUGAUUCAAUUAUGUUUGUACACAGGGUAUUUAAACACUAAAGAUUAUUCAUCAUAUGGACAACAGCCAAAACUAAAAAUGUGGGCAGAGAAACUCUUCUCACAGAUUGCACCUCAAACGCUGCAAAUCAUAGAAAAUUUUGGCAGUAUUUUUGAUGGGGACUUAUCAAGCAACCUCACAUGGAGGUUUGACUUUAGUUAUCUCACGCAACGAAAAUUUUGCUACAGCUAUAAGGAGAUGACAAGUUUUAACCCUAAUGGAAAAAAUGGGGACUUUUCCAAUGCAGUUGAAUUUGCAAAAGGAGGGCUUGUUUUGUUCGAGGAUUAUGGUUCUGGUGUAUUUCAACGUUUGGCAAUGAUUCACAAACUAGAAAAAAAUGACCAUGUUUUCUUUGAGAUAGAUGGUGAAGAGCUUAUUGAAAUUCCAGUCUUCGUGAAUAAGUCAUUUAAUUACCCAUUUCCAAAGAUUUUUUUGCGGCUAAAUGAUAAGGGAAGAAACAGAGCUGGCUUGUACGUAACACAUCCAAUAUCUUAUGCCAAAAGUUUUCGCAUUAUAGUAAGAUGGCCAGGAAGUGAUCAUAUUGAAACAAACACGGCGUGGAACGAAUCUUUUGUAUGCCGCACAACGGGAGCACUAUGUAAGAAUGUUUUCUACCAUUCGGUUAUUUCCAAUAAAUUGGCACAAGGAACAGAAAUUAAAACUCAUUUCAAGGACUAUGUUUCACAACAGCCUUUAUCAAAAGAAAAUUUAUUGCGAGGAUUUACAAAUGCACUUUCAAUAAUGGCAAAUGAUCCUGAAAAAUUUGCUCCCGGAUUAGGAAGAAAAUGUUCACUAUUUUGUCGAAGAGUUAAACCGGGAGAAGACAUCGUCUUAUUUGAAGCUAACAACGGAUCUCACGUAAUUCACUCACUACGUCUUAGAGUUUAUGAUAUGUUAAAUGGCCAAACUGUAAUCUCACAAAAUUGGAUGCGAAUUCUUAUAACCAUGACAUGGGACAACAAAGAGCCACAAGUCAAGGACAUUCCAUUGGCAGGAAUUUUAAUACUGGUCUUGAUUACAUAA